CAUCCAUCCAUCCAUCCAUCCAUCCCUCCCAUCCAUCCGAUCCACCCACAUCCUUUCACCAGGCUCUCCUCCCAAAUCUCCUCCCCUCUCUGGCCAUCACCCCUCGCCGUCUCUACCUCUCUCCCGCUACAACUCACCCUCUCCCCCCCCCCUCCUCCCAAUGAGGCCUGUAUAUUGAUCCGUCGGUGCUUCGUUUCUGCUUCGUCUCUUUUUCCCGGCGCCCUCCUGCUCGCCGCCUUGCGUCACUGCCUGUGGAGAGAGAGAGACGCGGCCAGGGCAUACACACUACCACGCCCCUCGCGCGUGCGUGCGUGCGUGCGUGCGUUCCUUCAUUCCCGGGUCCAUACGACGACCACGACGACCACGACUACGACAGCGGCGACGACGGCCACCAUCAAGACGACAGGGCACGACGCCAUUCUUGCACAUCGGCUUGUCGCAGUAUCCUCUUGUAAUACUGGUUACUAGAACCACCUGUCGUUUAUUCUCCUCAUCGACUCUUGGCGCCACCUGCCCACGACCGACCGACCGACUUACCGACCGCCGCACAUCUUGCUACGUCAGCAGCUUCAACCGGACCCCCGACUUUCGACCUUACUUUUUUGUUGCUCUUCCAUGGCGGCGUCCGCAACAUCCUGAUCUGCCACGCCAGCCGCACACCAACACGUCGUUGCGGCCCCCCCGCCCCUACAAUCCGUCGGCCGCUCCAGCUCCUCCGAAAAUAAUACUCCCCUACUUCGCGCUGCGCCGGCCCCUUCGCCAGACUCUUCACGCCCAUUGUGCCAUGCGGCCGGACAGGUAAUCGAUAAUGUCAAUGUCCAGAUCUGAUCAGAUGGCCCCUGGGUACUCGCACCAUCCGCCCACCGCCACCUCCCAGAGCCACCGCUCGCACUCCCCGUCUGCCAACAACGCAUCUGUGCCCGACGGCUCCGUUCCACCUGCCAGGUCUCCCUUUGGUCUCGCUCACAACGGCAUCAUGGCCGGCAACUCGCGCUCCGGCGCCGGCUCUCCGUCCCAUGAUAUGGCCGGCUCCGGAAGGCUCUUUUCUAAAAGAGCCAGAGAGAUCCAAGCCCAGGAGGGCAUUCCCAGUCUUCCUUUAAACCCCUGGGGCGGCCCGCCGACCAGUGGUAACUCGACCCCUCUCCGCGAAAACAUUCCCGAAUCCCCAACCGACGGCUUUCCCGAUUUCGGCCAGCUCCCCACGCCCGACACCCUUCCCCAGACGCGCAGAGCCCGCGCCGGCACCGUCCCAUCCAGAUUUCCCCCGGGCUUGGGGUCGUCCAACCCUCUGCUGAGCAUCCCUGGUUUCGCGGCAAAGUCUGCACGGGCCACGCCGUCGCAGAGCCCCUUCAAGUCCCCCUCUCCGAACCUUGACCCCGAAAGCACCCAAGGCAGCGGCUCUGCCCUGCUCUCUCGCCUGCGAGCCGGUUCCAUGCCGCAGCGCAGCCCCUUCUCUACCGUCCCCGGCACAAGCUCCCCCUUCGGUCCCUCCAUCUUCAGCAGCAGCUGGAAUCCGGCCGCCGUCGGCCGCGAACGGGGUUCUACUCUGGCGAGCAUCGCCAGCGUCGGUUCCAACGGCCCAAGCUCGCCCUCUCAUUCCCAGUUCUCCAAGGAGGGCGGCGCCGACUCGGACGUGCACAUGCGAACCCUCGACUAUCUCGGCCUGGCCGAGACUCCCCAGCCCCCGCGAGCCCAGCUGGCCACGCCCUACAUGGCCAACAAUUGGCAGCAAGCCAGCCGCUUCCGUUCCUAUUCGGUGAACAACAAGGACAAGUAUGACAAGUAUGCCGGCGACGGUGACGAGGAGGCGUACGAGGUCGACGGUAUGGCCAUCGACCCCCGCUACGCCGCACUCAUCCAACAAGAGCUGGCUGCAACCAAUGCCGCUAUCCACAACCACAACCUCGCUGUACAGGCCUUUGCGAACCAGGCCUCGGCCAACCGACCUCGCGCUCGCACCACUGGCGUCCUGGACGCCCCUGCGGACCACCUGCGAGUCUAUAUGGGCGCCAAUGCCGCUACUCCGAGUGCCUUGGGCACGGCUGAGAUCCGUAUGCCCGAGGAAAAGGAGUACGGCGACUUGCCACAAGCAAUUGCCAACAUGAACCUGGGCAAGUCCAACAGCCGCAACAACGGCCUGCUGAGCGCCGACGAGCAGGGGCUCGAAGGUCCCACGAGCGCUCUUUGGCUUGGCGGCGUGCCAACCUCGACCACCACCACGACUCUUGUGGAGAUGUUCAAGGUUCACGGUCCCAUUACGUCUGCCCGAGUCUUGACGCACAAAAGCUGUGGCUUUGUCAACUUCGAGAGGGUGGACAGCGCCAUCUCGGCAAAGGCGAGCAUGAAUGGUAAGGAGAUCUUCCCCGGCUCCGGACCCAUCCGCGUCAACUUUGCGAAGCCACCAUCGGCAUCCAACACGCCCGGCCACGAUGGCGCCUACCCGUCCCCGAGCCCCGACCCGCAUUCCAGGAGUCAGGAGUCGACCCAGACGGCCGCUACUAGCUCCAGCGCAGAGGCCGCGCGAAGUCUGGGGGCGAGCACUCCUACUGUUCCCCCGCUUCGCGACCUGACGGGCGAUAUUCUCGACAUUGUAGGGCAGUUCGGAGCACCUGAAGACGACAAGGUACAGAUCGCAGGCUUCGUCCAGGCCGCCAUCCAGUACGAUGCCUAUGUCGAGGAGAUACCGCCCAUCCGCGAGCCGACGCACACCAGAGUCCACGACGCGCCCAGGCUGAGGGACAUUCGCAAGCGGAUUGACAAUCAGCUCAUGUCCCAGGCCGAUAUCGAGAACGUCGCCAUGGAGAUGCUGCCCGAGAUGGCGGAGCUUUCCUCGGACUACCUAGGCAACACGGUGGUCCAGAAGCUCUUUGAGAACUGCAGCGACCCGGUGCGAGACGCCAUGCUUGCUGAGGUCGCUCCGCAUCUCGCCGAGAUUGGCGUCCAUAAGAACGGCACGUGGGCAGCCCAGAAGAUCAUCGACGUGUGCAAAACGCCCGACCAGAUGACCACGAUUGUCCAGCAUCUCCGGCCGUACACGGUGCUCCUGUUCCUCGACCAAUUUGGAAAUUACGUUCUGCAAGGCUGCCUCAAGUUUGGGGCGCCUUUCAACGAGUUCAUCUUCGAUGCCAUGCUGAGCCGGACGUGGGAGAUCGCCCAAGGCCGAUUUGGUGCCCGCGCCAUGCGGGCGUGUCUGGAGAGCCACCACGCCACCAAGGUUCAGCAGCGCAUGCUCGCGGCCACCAUUGCGUUGCACAGCGUCCAGCUCGCGACCAACGCCAAUGGCGCCCUCCUGCUCACCUGGUUCCUCGACACGUGCACCUUUCCCCAGCGACGCACUGUCCUUUCGCCACGGCUCGUCCCGUACCUGGUCCAUCUGUGCACGCACAAGGUCGCCUAUCUUACGGUGCUCAAGGUCAUCAACCAGAAGGCUGAACCCGAUGCCCGUGACACGAUCCUGAAGGCUCUGUUCUUCGCGCCCAAUGAUCAAGUCCUCGAGGCAAUCCUCAGCGAUCACCAAUGCGGUGCCACCCUGAUCUUCAAGGUGCUGACAACGCCCUUCUUUGACGAGAGCAUCCGGCCGCAGGUCGUGGAGAACGUCAAGAACGUACUCGUCAAGAUCAAGGCCCAACCCAACCAAGGCUACAAGCGGGUCAUGGACGAAGUCGGCUUGUCCACCCGGCCUGCGGGUCCGAAUCGAGAGCCGAGCUCGCACAACGAGCCACGCCAGCGGCCAACCUCUCGACAGAACAGCGGCACCAACGGCCAUCACCCCCAGCAACAAGCCCACGCCAACAACAACAACAACAAGUCCUUCUACAACCCGAGCCAUACUCCGUCCAACCCCCCGGGCUUUGAGGGCGCCUAUGGCCUCCAGAGGAAUGACAGCGCCGAGGCAGGCAUGCCCGGGUUCCCGGCGUACAAUCAGAGCAUGAUGUACAACGCGCCCGCGGGGCCCGUGCCGCCUGCCGUCAACCUCCAGCAGAUGCAGUACCAGCAGAACAUGAUGGCGAGACAGACGCCGCAGAUGAACUACAGCUUCCCGCCUAUGCAGCCAGGAUACGGAGGCUUCGCCACCCCUGGCCCGGCCGUGGACCAGUUCCGCCAGCAGCCCAUGCCGAAUGGGAGCCCAAUUCAGCCUUCCACGUCGCAGGUCCCACAGAUGCCUACCACCCAGGCCGCCUACGGGCCGCCUGGCUUUAGCGUCCCCAUGGGCGGCGGCAACUAUCCGUACGCCAGUAUGCCCGGCAUGCAGAACAUGGCUUACAUGCAGCAUGAGCAAGGAAACGGUCGGCGCGGCCGCAGGUGAUUUUCAACAACAUAGCACGGCGAUGACGGCCGACUGAUCCUGUGAGGCAGGCAUGGUCCUGCACACGAUGUCAGCGCCGCCCUUGGUGGGGAGGUUUCCCGGUCGGCAAGCGGCCUUUGUGAUAGUUGUGCUCGGAGUUGGGAAAGGGAAAGGAACGUUGAAAAACAUUUCGGUAGACGCUCGCCACUCGAGAAGGAGGGGGGCCAUGCCAGAGACGAGAUUCGUGAUAGAGAGGCAAAGGUCACCAAGACAGUCAGCAUCAGCAUGUUGACCGCAGUUCCGUCCCGGCUUGCUUCGGGCGGGGGUUUGGGGGGAUUUCUGGUGGUCUCAGGUACCUGCUUCUGGCCUGCUGUCGGGCGCAUGGAUGGUGCGGGCCGGCCUCGCCCUAUGCAUGUCGCCGCCCCGGCUGCACCAGGGGCCCGGGCGCCUUUUGCAUGUCUUAUUACUUUUCUCUUCUGCUUCGAUUCUCUCGCUUCGAUUACUCAUGAUGACCGUCAUGUCACUAUAUUAUUUUUUGAAUUGAACCUGGUUCAACCAAAGUCGUGGGUGAGGAGC